AUGGCCUCUGCUAACCCCUCACACGCUGUCAGCCGGCCUGAUAACGAUGGCCAUGACCAAAUUGGCUCAACCGGGUCGACCCCGCCGGCGGGAAUCUCUACCCCUCGCCCCAAUCUCGUGGACAAGAGACUCCCCGGCAUCGCGCACAGCUUCUUUGGACAGGUUCGUAACAGAUCCUCUAGCAAUCCUUCUCCUCCGGGCUCCACAGCUGUAGCCACCCCGGCGGUGGAUACGGGCGUCGAGAGUCAUGAUCCCUUGCACAUACGGGAGGGUGUGGCGGGUGGUGAUUCGAAGCCGCCAGCGGCUUCAAGUUCCCCUGAGCGCCGCGCUGAUGAGGGACACGAUACGGCUCCGCUGUUGCCUCAUGAGGCAUUGGGCGGUAGGCCGCAUCCGGUCUCCUCGCAGGAGGUUGAACCUUCUGCAUAUCCAACCCCUCCAAUCUCCUCCGCCUCUUCCAUGUCCAAAAGCACAAGGGACGAGGACGGCACACGCGUUGAGGCUGGAUCUGCCGGCGGAUCUACCGCGGAAAUGCGUGCUGCAGACCCUGCGUCUGAUCUUUCUUCCUCUACACAAUCUCCAAUGAUGGCGCGGAGAUACACUCUUACCCCGGUCAAUCCCCUGGGCGGCGUAACCACGACCCCUACCGUCCACGCUGCACAUUUGUCGAAUCCCACUUCCCGCUCUUCCUCGACGACACCUGAACAAAAUGCUAGCUUUUCUGCCCCAUCUACGUCUGAUCCUCCUUCGGCUUCUUCGUCGUAUCAUGGACUGAAAAAGCUAACUGACGGCGCGGAUUCUCCGCGCGAUAAGAGUACCCCGCCUCAAUCGCCUCGAGCGUUGUCAGCAGAACACCCAGAACGGCAACAGUCCUUAUCUGUGGGCCCUUCCUCGAACAAGACGAGCGAAAGCCCCUCCAUCUCCUCCACGGCGAAUACCAUUGCCACAAACGCAGCAUCGAGCGUUGGUCCGCCCAAGGGGAAGCUCUCGGUGCUCAUUUCAGAAGCAAGAGGUCUGAGGCCGAGUGUAGAUCCAUAUGUCGUUUGCGUCUUUGAGUGGAAUGAGUACAUCUCCAAGGGCCCCAAGGGGGAAGAGGAGGAGGAAGAGGAGGAAGCGCUAGUGCCGUCGCCCACAAAGGAGGAUCCCGCUCAAGGUGUUGCUAUUCCUCGUCCCAGUGGUGGCGAAGCGGGACGUCCGAUGCCUAUUCCUUCUAGGAGCCGUCAAAGCAGCAAUGCAAACCUGACGGACUAUCAGAUGGGGAAGAAGAAGCUUGUUACUGACCCCAAAUGGGACCAUGAAGCUGUUUUUGACGUCGUGGGAAAGCAUUCGGAGAUUGAGAUCUCGGUCUAUGACCGUGCAAACCACGAGGCCUUCCUCGGCCACGUUCGAUUUUGCCCUAAUCUUAGUGAGCGUGCGUCCGUUUUGGAAAACUGGUUUCAUCUCGAGGGCCGAAACCAUGAGAAGGAGCUUGUUACUGGAGAAAUUUUCCUGCGCCUUGAAUUUCAAAAGACAGAGAAGAAGCAGUACGGUCCGGCCGACUUUCAAAUCCUCAAGCUGAUUGGCAAAGGCACCUUUGGACAAGUGUAUCAAGUCCGCAAGAUUGACACCCAGAGAAUCUAUGCCAUGAAAGUUUUGUCGAAGAAGGUCAUUGUCCAAAAGAAGGAGAUUGCCCAUACGUUGGGCGAACGAAAUAUUCUUGUUCGAACCGCCAAGACAGAGUCGGCUUUCAUUGUCGGUCUAAAGUUUUCCUUCCAGACACCUACCGAUCUUUACUUGGUGACCGACUAUAUGUCCGGAGGCGAGCUCUUCUGGCAUCUGCAAAAAGAAGGUCGGUUCCAGGAGCCGCGUGCUAAAUUCUACAUUGCCGAGCUCAUUCUUGCGUUGCAACAUCUCCAUCAACAUGACAUUGUCUAUCGUGACCUCAAGCCGGAGAAUAUCCUGCUCGAUGCCAAUGGCCACAUUGCGCUUUGCGACUUUGGAUUGUCAAAAGCCAAUCUAGCACAAGACGAUACCACCAACACCUUCUGCGGAACAACAGAGUACUUGGCACCCGAGGUCCUUUUGGAUGAACAGGGAUACACCAAAAUGGUCGACUUCUGGUCACUUGGUGUAUUGGUGUUUGAGAUGUGCUGCGGCUGGAGUCCGUUCUACGCUGAAGACACGCAGCAGAUGUACAAGAACAUUGCCUUUGGAAAGGUUCGCUUCCCGCGGGAUGCUCUCAGCACAGAGGGACGUAAUUUCGUCAAAGGGCUUCUCAAUCGCAACCCCAAGCAUCGUCUUGGUGCAACCAAUGAUGCCGAAGAGCUCAAGAACCACCCCUUCUUUGCGGAUGUGGACUGGGACGCUCUGCUAAAGAAGAAUGUUGUUCCUCCUUUCAAACCGAAACUGAAGUCGCAGCUUGAUACGUCAAAUUUCGACCCGGAGUUCACCAACGUGAUAACUGCAGCUUCUUCUCUCAAUGCUCGCGCGGCUGCAUUUGGUGCAGGUGGGGUUACGGCUUCGACGCCUCUGUCGCCUGGCAUGCAAGCCAAAUUCAAGGGCUUCACUUUUGUGGAUGAGAGCAAUAUGGAUGAGCACUUCCAGCAUCAUGAUCUUGAUAGGAUGGACGAAGAUGACCGCGAAGCCGAUCCCAGCUGGGACCAACCCAUCCCGCAAAAUGGCAAGCUGCAUGAGCGGAUGAGCGGCGUCGUACGAACAGGCAAUCACACGGAAGAUGGCAUCUUCAAUAACGAACACUUUGAAGUAUAA